UCUUGUUUUGGACAAGCUGUCGGACAAGCUAGCGAUCAAGAGUUAUGUUCCACAGACUUUGUUGUUUUUAAUGGCUGGAGAGGUACCUCAGUUCGUAAAGAUAUCAUUAAGAUCCGUGUUGUUAUCCAGCGCAAAGGGGAUCAAGCAAACGGGGGUGGAGAAAGAUUACCUCCAGCUGACAAACUCAAAACUCGACUACAAGCAAUAUGGCUUCCAAGACCUCUAUGAAUUUUUGUUAGCUAUCCCGGACGUUGCAAGGCUGGAAUUUUCCAUUAAAGAUGGAGAAAAUAAAGUUUUUGGAGUUCCUGAAAAGGGGGUUUUUAUCUCCAAACAUGCAAAGAAGGCUGAAGGUGUCCCAAAUGGCCUUAAAUCUCUACAUCCUUCGGAGUGGCCGCGAAACAAGAGGAGCAAAUCAAAAGACCGAACUGUUGUGCACGAUAAAGCUUCUUUAAAAGUUACGGUAGACUCAGACCAAACAAAAGUUAUUUUACCUAACUACAGAGGGCUAUAUGCGAUUCAUAUCGCGCAAUUGCCAUCACGUUGUCAAGAAAGUGAACUGAGGAGUAUUUUCAAGAAUUAUAAAAGUUUAAGUGAAGUGAAGAUAGAUAAUUCUCAUGGGAUUGCAUUUCUGAGGUUUUCAAAACACGCAGAUGCUGUCCAAGCAAUGAGUGACAUGAAUGGUUACAAAUUACGUGGCUCUGUGUUGAAGAUUAAUCCAGCCACUGAACAUGGCUCUGUUCAAAAUGCAAAAUCAAGUAAAGAGAGAAAAGAAGAGACAAAGAUAGACACUAAAAAACAGUUGAACAAAAAUUCCCUAAUCAUAAAUGGUUUUGCAAGUGAAGAUGCUGUUGUUACAGAACUUAGACCCAGCAGUAGUGUUAAGGACAAGAGUCCUUUGUCAUCACCAAAGGAACUGAAAACAGUUUUGUCAGAAGAAAGCUGGGAAACUGAAAGUGCUCUGUUGCCAAAGAUAACAGCAGAAGAGAAAAAGAAAAUCUACAAGCAAGAAAAUUCUGCAAUAUCUGUUUGUAAAGAAAUUGGGGGAUAUCCCAUUCAUGUCAGCAAUUUUCCAGCUGGAAUGACACAGGAAUCACUCAGACAAAUCCUCAGUGUACAUGGAAAAGUAGUGAAGGUUGUGAUGAAAAAGAAAUAUGCCUUUGUUUACUUUGCGGAAAAGGAUGAAGCAGUAGCUGCCUUGGAAGAAUUGAAAGGUACAAAAGUAGGUGAUAAGAUACUCACAGUCACCCCUAAACUACACAAAGGCAAAGCCAAGCAGCAAAAGAACUUUCUAGUGGGUACCAUGGGGCAGUCACUCACUUCUAGUGAGAGCUCUAUAUCCAGCUGUGAUCCCCUGGGGCCUCAGUCGUCCCCAUAUAAUAACUUCUCUGAUGGUGCACUUGAUUCAGGAGGCAGCAAGAAAGAUCAGUCUGGUGUAUCUGUCAAUGGAUUCAGAGAAUCAAGUGGAAGAAAUGUUGGACAAAACCAGGAAAGUGGUAAAACAACAUCAGACAACUCUUGUAGUGUCUAUAACAAGAAACUUGAGGAAAAUGAAAAGAUCAGUUCUUCUUCAAGAACUAGUGUUGAAAAGGGCCACUCUAGUCCCACCAGCAAACCAGAGAUUUCAGUUGUUAAGGAGGAAAUUGGACCCAGGCAUAUUCUUUUGACCAAUACAGAGAUGAGUGAACUUUACUUGAAGUGUAAGAAACCACUAAGGACCAUGGAUAACAUGGAAGCUCAGGAGUUUGAAGUUCUUGUGACUGAUGUUGUUGACUCUUGCCACUUCUGGGCCAACAUUGAUGACAAGAGUGGAAGUUACAAGGAACUGGAACAAAUCAGAACUGAUCUACAGAUCGUAGAACAUUAUAAACGUUGUAUGCCUGUCAAGCAUCAGCUGGGUGCAGCAAUAUUUUCGGAAGAUAAUCUUUGGUACAGAUGUUGGUGUUUAGAAGUAACAAAAAUGGACAAAAAGCAAGCAAAAGUCUUCUAUCUUGACUAUGGAAACUGUGAAUGGAUAUCAUGGGAUCAGUUUACAGACAUACAUAAAAGAUUCUGGGAUCUUGCUCCUCAGGCAGUGCCAUUCAAGCUAGCAGGUAUUGAGGUUGCAACAGAUUUGUCACCUGAGACAAUGAAUGAAGGUUCAGCAUACUUGAGUGCUUUGAUUAUUGAUAAAGUGUGUACAGCAAGAGUGUGUCACUCAUCAGAUGCUAAUCAGCCUCAUGUCAUAGAGGUGGAACUUCUUGUCAAGGAUGACAAUGGAAAAGAUGUAUAAGUAAAUGAACGAAUGGCAUUGACAAGAUAUGUUCAAGAGGCAAGAAUGGAAACUCAAGGGGCAUCAGGAUUAAUCGGAAACAAAAUAAACACUGAAUCAAAUCCAACAUUCUCAGCUCAGCUGCAGCAGUCAGGGAGACAAGGGCCUCCGCCCAUGCAUGUUAGCCCGCAAACUGUACAGGAUAUCCAAGUUUUUUAUUCAUUUCCAAACCCAGUGCAAAAGCUUGUGGAUCAAAAGAGAGAACAAAUCACGCAGCCCUCGCAGAGCAGUCAGGAAAAAUUGCCUCAAAAAUUGAAUCAAACACCUCUUAAUGUACAUGAGAAUGGCCAGUAUUCUACUUUGAACCAAACGGUAGAACAAUCUCUUCCAAGGACUUCACAGCACCAACAGCACUUCCCUUGUUACCAGUUGUUUGAGAAGAAAGAAGUCAUGACAGUUAUGCUGUCACAUGUUGAAUCCUUCAAUGUAAUAUACUUCUAUAAGUCUGAUGAUAACAGUCUACAGAAGCUUAAACACAUGACGAGGGUGAUAUACUCUGAAACGAAUUUAGCUACAAAGAUCUAUCCUCGCAUUGGUGACAUCGUGGUAUCAGUUAACGAAACUGGAAGGUGCUUCCGGGUCAAAAUUGUAUCCGUUCCUUUUGGUUCCGGAGUCGGAGUGGAUAGGGUGAAAAUUCAGAGUAUUGAUUAUGGAUGGCAUUUCACUGUGCCUUUGAGUAGCUUAUGCGAAUUGCCUCAGAGCCUAAAGCACAUCCCUCCUCAAGUUAUGAAGGCUAACCUUGCAGGGCUGCAAAGAGAUGCUGCCCCCACGAUUUUACCAGUAAUGGCUAUGAAUAAGUUGAUAGAAGUAAAAAAAAGGAAACAGGCAGUUCAAUUGUCAGUGGUAAAGCGACGAGAGGAUGGUGUACUUUUGGUUGAACUCUUUGAAUCUGACGGCCCAAGUCUCAAUGUUCAGCUACUGAAAACGCCGGGGAUUCAGUUAGAUGAAUCACUGCGUUCUCUUUUCUCUGCAAACUUCAAAUCGCUAGGGUCUGAUACCUCAAGUUUGUCAUUCGGGGAAUGCAUCAGCAGUCUUCACAUCACAGGUCAUCAAGAUUCAAGAUGGCCAACACAAGAGAAGAGAGUGGAUCAUAACGCUGAUAACCAAUCCGUCCACUCGGAUUGGGAAGCCGGCCUGAUAGAAACAGAACCAGACUGGAUUGGCAUUGUGCCUGUACCCGGUGCGACUGUGAGACAGUCUUUAGACAAUCUGUACCUGCCUCCACCUCCUGAGGGGCACCAGCUCUUUCCUUUGGGACUACCCAGUGGUGGGCCUCUUGGUUCACGCUCCCCUUCAGUAUCUUCAUCAGCGAGCAAUGAUUCUCUUGAUGUACGUCAUCUCCCGGGAGGAUCCGUCUCAAGCCUUUCCCGGGAAAGACGGCUUCCGUCUAACUCAGGAUCAGGAUCAGGAUCAGAGGGUGGUGAUGUCCAAUCACACUCGGUCGUUAAGACCUUGCAAAGUGCUAUGCAGGAGAUUGAAGUGACGGGUGAAACUGACAAAGCAACUGCACUCAGGAGAGACGAGAAAUCCCGAAUGAGAAAUGGAGGACAUCAGAACUUAUUUGAAAAAGAACUAUUUAGUCUCGAAGAUCUUAAAACAUGCAGGCAGGAAAGAGAAGAACUGAUUCAAAAGGAGGACGAACUGAAAAAGAUCUUAGGAAUGUCACGACCUGAGAAGUUAAAAAUGCUAAAUUUGAACCAGGAAAAAGAAAAGCUGGAGAGAAAAAUAAGGAUUAAAGGACUUGAAAACCAAAUCCUAAAACUUGGUAAAGAACUGAAGCAACUUGAACUUGAAAAAGAAGCACUCGAGGAGGAACUUGAAAAGAGUUGAAGAAAAAAAGUUUCUCCCCUUAUCACCAAUACUGAGUAAUCUCAGCUGAUUAUAAAAUUCAUAGUUCAGUUGGAUGAAUCUUGACAAAGCACAGGAUAAUCUGAAUCUUACUGGCCAACCGAGCUUAUGUAAAGGUGUCUCAUAAGACAGCUUGAAAACUGUCUCUGUUGUCAGUGGGGCUGACAACAACUGGGAAUUUGUUCAAUAAGUGGAAAGCAUUGUUCUCAAAUCUUAAGGGCUCGUGCGAUAAGCUUUGGACUAAGGACACAACAGUGCAACUGGUGUCUUCUCUGUUGUGUUGAGAUGGAUUAAAUGUAAACACCCUUUCCCAUGAAAGAUCGAUUUAAGAGAUUGUGUGCUGUUUCUCUUUAAUAAGAUUCCCCCUACACUGAUAAUCUCCCAUUCUACUAUAUUUCAGAUGCAGAUUUUUUUAAAGGUGACUGUUUACAGUAUCUGCUCAAACUGUAUUUUAAGAGUUAGAGAGAUAAUUAUUUUGCACCUACGAGAGAAGAUCUUUGAUCUCCAGCAAGAAUGCUCUGUUCAAUAUGGGCAGGGAAUGUGAAGAUGUUGAAAAAGUACACCAAGAAAACUGCAUAAUCAAGUUGGUCCAUUCGUCUGUUUGUCUACCUGUCUGUCUUUCCAUCUGUUCUUCCGAGAUAAUUAUGUGUAAGGGGAAGUGGGUCAGAAUUAAUUUGCAUUGGGUACAGUAAAAACCCGCAUACAAGAACAUGUGGAUUAAGAACACCCAGGCUGAAAUUUUGUAAAAAAGGAGCAUAUAUAUAUGAACACAUUCAGCGUGAAAAUUGAAAACUGUUCUAAUAUAUAAAAACUCUUCCCUUUUCAGUUUAAUAGAGUAAACAGUGUCUGUAGC